GCGUGGGGAACAACUGAAAAGCAGCUAGAGAGGUAGGCUUUGGGGUUGCCAGGGAGCGGCUGGCGGCUGACUUCCGUUUCCGGCGAUUGAGGCACGAGGAUCCUGUGUUCCAACCCAGAGGGAAAAUGCGGCCUUUGACUGAAGAGGAGACCCGCGUAAUGUUUGAGAAGAUAGCAAAAUACAUCGGGGAGAAUCUUCAGCUGCUGGUCGACCGGCCCGACGGCACCUACUGUUUCAGGCUGCACAACGACCGGGUGUACUACGUGAGCGAGAAGAUCAUGAAAUUGGCCGCUAAUAUCUCCGGUGACAAGCUGGUGUCGCUGGGGACCUGCUUUGGAAAAUUCACUAAGACCCACAAGUUCCGAUUGCACAUCACAGCUCUGGAUUAUCUUGCACCUUAUGCCAAGUAUAAAGUGUGGAUAAAGCCUGGAGCAGAGCAGUCUUUCCUGUAUGGGAACCAUGUGUUGAAAUCUGGACUGGGCCGGAUCACUGAAAAUACUUCUCAGUACCAGGGAGUGGUGGUGUACUCCAUGGCAGACAUCCCUUUGGGUUUUGGGGUGGCAGCAAAGUCUACACAAGACUGCAGGAAAGUAGACCCCAUGGCGAUUGUGGUAUUUCAUCAAGCAGACAUUGGGGAAUAUGUGCGGCAUGAAGAGACAUUGACUUAAAAUGAAAUCAUCGCAAGGACUUAUGGCUGUGUGGAAGGGCCUAGCUUUGUUUCCUGUGUCUGUGUAGGCUCCACCAUCAUGUUGAAUUUUGUCAACACUGUGACUGCUUCAGGGACUUCUUAGUUUAAUCUUCUAUUAUGGACCAUUGCAGGCUGGAUUCUUA